CUGGUCCGGAGGAUCUAUAAGGGAAUCCCGCUCCAGCUCCGAGGGGAGGUGUGGUGUCUGCUGCUCGACGUUCCCAAAAUCAAAGAGGAGAAGAAAGAUUUCUACGAGAAACUAAAAGCCCGAGCCCGAGGCGUCUCCCCGGACAUCCGUCAGAUCGACCUGGACGUGAACCGCACCUACAGGGACCACAUCAUGUUCAUGCAUCGCUACGAUGUCAAGCAGCAGGCUCUGUUCCACGUCCUCACAGCGUACUCCAUGUACAACACGGAGGUGGGCUACUGUCAGGGCAUGAGUCAGAUCACCGCUCUGCUGCUCAUCUACAUGAACGAAGAGGACGCCUUCUGGGCUCUGGUCAAACUGCUGUCAGGACAGAAGCACGCCAUGCACGGUUUCUUCGUCCCGGGUUUCCCCAAGCUGAUGCGCUUCCAGGAGCAUCACGACCGCAUCCUGAAGAAGACGAUGCCCAAACUGAAGCAACACCUGGACAACCAGGAAGUGUUCACCAGUCUGUACACCAUGAAGUGGUUCUUUCAGUGCUUCCUGGACAGAACUCCGUUCACCCUCACCCUGAGGAUCUGGGACAUCUACAUCUUAGAGGGGGAGAGAGUGCUGCCCUCCAUGUCCUACACCAUCCUCAAACUGCACAAGAAGCACCUGAUGAAGCUGACCAUGGAGGACCUGGUGGAGUUCCUGCAGGCCACUCUGAACAAAGACUUCUUCUACGAGGACGACUUUGUGAUCGAGCAGCUGCAGGCGUCCAUGACGGAGCUCAGGAGGGCCAAGCUGGAGCUUCCUGCAGCAGGUAAAGAUGACGAGUUUCCCAAGAAGCCUCUAGGGCAGCUUCCUCCUGAGGUGGCGGUCGACGGGGCAAUCCACGUCGGCAACGGUCAAAGCCAUGUUGAGCCGGUGGAACCUCCAAGAGACCCCAGUCCCACACCUGAACCCCAACGUGACAGUCGCCCCCCCAGCCGGGCGCGCCGGGACUCGUUUGAGAAACCGAUGCGCCACCACAAGGCUGAGAGACGAGACGUCCGCUCCAGGGGAUCAGGGGAGAUACCGAAUGAGCAUCAAAAGCAGUCCAACUCCACCACACCUGAGAGGGGGGCGACGCCGACCUCAGCGCCCACACCGAUGCCACAGCUCGGCACCGUGGAAAGACGGAGGCAGCAGAGGCACGCCACCGCCAAUCACAACUCCAACGCGGUCUCCAGUUCUCACAGGGAGAUCACGCCGCGCUGGUUCAAACCCUCCGACAUAAAGCUGGAAGCGGCUAAAGCGGCGGCGGCCCGGGAGCAUCGGAGCCGAGGAGCGUCGCCCGCCCCGUCCAGCCCUGAGGACUCUGCGCUACUACACCGGCGACCACACUCAAAGGGCUUUGUCCCCGGUUCCGACCGAGGUUCCAACGCCUCCCAAUAUGACAAUGUACCAGGUCUACCGGAGCAAGAUUUUGAAAUCCUGGAGCUUGAGAGACCUCCGUCCAGAAUGAGGACCCCUCGCAGCGAGACGCCGUUUAGCGCAUCGUCCCUCCAUCCUAGCAGUCCCAACCGAGGACCCAGUCUUGGUGGUAGUGUUGUCUCCAUAGCUUCAGUUCCCAGGAUGCCCAUACAUCCGGUUCCUCAAACAUUUUCCCACAACAGUCCAGUCAGGAUCCAGCCUGGUUACCCUGGCAACCAAAACCAGUACCACACUCCUCCCCAGCAGCACUCCCCAGGAAGACCCACCACCGAGGUCCCGAUCUUACAUCCAGCCUACAGUAUAAGUCUGGACCAAGGAGGGGAGGAUAGACUGUACCCUCCGCCCACCCGGUUUACCCCGCCCUCCAAAGUGGUGUAUGGGGAACGAGCGUAUGCCACCACCCAAAGACCUCCUAACAGAUCGCCAGAGAAGGCUCUGAUGAACAAUUCCUACACCACCUACCGCAGACAGUCGCCAUCUAACUCCGCCCACAACCCCGGGCAUCCUCACCCAGAGCACUACCUGCAGCUGGAAACCCAGGGACGCUCCACCCCCAUCUACCUACAACAGCUCACCUCCGCCACACAGGUCUACGCUCCGGUGGACUACAGGUUUGAGGGGCAGAGGAGAGUCGAUGCAAACCAGCACUUUCACCAAGAAGGCGGGCCUCGGCGGCCUGUAGACGGACUCACAUGGGCGCCAGAGAACGUGCUGCCCCCUCCUUCCCCGGGCGGGAUGCCCCGCUCACCAAGCUUCCAGCGAGCCCAAAUGUCCCCCGUUCAGGAAUUCACAUUUCCCGCCAACCCCGACGGCCUGCUCCACUACAGGACACAGUUCCAGGAGCAGGAGCCCGUCAUAAGGCAACAGCUCCCCCAGCUGUUUGGAGGGUCACACUACAGGCACGCCCAGGAGGCGUUUGCCAUGCAGGAAUCUAUGCUGCUGUGAUUGGAAUAAGCAAGACACUGUAAAGAAAAACAAAACAAACUGAGGAGUAGUCACUGACACUGUAAAGACGAGCAGUACACCGUCUGUUGUUCUUUAAAGUGUGAAGUACUGACUUUCUGACUGUCGAGCUGCAUCAUAACGUUGCAGGACACACCAGCCUCUGAUGUUUUUACCCGAUCACUUAAAAAAAAGAGAAAGAGGAAAAAAUUGACUGAAGACGUAAUUUUAUUUUUUUGGAUGUAAAUCAUUAAAAAGGUGACAGUAUAUAUCUUUUGGAGUCUGAUAUGUACAGUGGAUUGUUUUUGUUAAAGUGUUUAUCAGUAGCAGGGGAACUUUUCUCCUGAGAGAAAUAAAGUCUCGGAUUUAUUUUCCAUCUUUAUUUUUUUAUGUUACCUGCAGAUAUUUACAUUAGAGAUACGUUGACUCUAUAUGCUUGUGAAUGUUAUUUUUCAAAGAGAAUAAAUAAAAAAAUGUCCGACGAUAGAAUUGGAGAGCAGUCACUAUACGUUUUAAAUCACAGGUUUUAAGCGCCUCCACUGUAGAAAAAGCAUUUUUUAAUUUUAGUUUGUUUUAACUUUUGAGAUAAUAUUGCUUUUCUAGUCAACUCAUGUGCAAUUAAUCUCUCGUCCAUGCUUGAAGUUCAGUACGUUGGUAAUGUUUUUGAAACCAGUGUAGUUUUUGAUUAAAUUCCAACUUGAAUAGAGACUCAAGAAAUAGAGCUAAUUUAUGAGGGCUAAUAAUCUGUAUUUCUGAUUUGAUUGGUAACCAUAGGUAACCAUUGUUGUUUUUUAAUUGCACAUGUACGCAGCCAGACAUGGAUGUGAACUAGUUUCAUUUUGCUUUAAUUCAUUAUGUCUUAUUAUUCUCAACACUGUCAUAUCAACUACUGUUCAGCUGCUGGCACUAUCACUGGCAAACACACACAACAGAUUUGUGAGUCACACAUUUCAACAUUUUAUCGAUCACAAACCCUUUAAUGAUUAUUUCUCAUACUCUGGUUUUGGAUCAGAAACAGUAUUGUGUUACUGUUCAUCACAUUCCUAAAGUUAUCUUUUAUUUUUUUUGUUAAACAACUAAUUUCAGACAAUUCUGAUACUUUGCUUAAUAAAAAUGAGGUGGGUUGAAUUUU